CAUUUACAAAAUUUUUAGUAACUCCCAAAGUUCUUAAUAUCAAAAAUUAAUUAUGUAACUUUUGCUAUAUCAUACGGUUGUUCAUCAUCACCUGCUGUAUUCUUCAACGAAGAGGCAAAGUGCUAAACGCUGCUAGCCUCUGAAGGAGAAACAUUACAAUCUCAUCCCACCGGUGCAAUCUCUAGGGGAACGGAUACCUCUACAAAGAUGGAUUUCGACAGACGAGACAUUAAAAAAACAAUAGAGAUCAGUUGUUCGGUGGAGAAGGAGAAGAACUACGGCAAACAGGCUGAGACCGACCAUCAGAUGGAAAAAACUUUGGUUUUAAAUAGGAACGAAGAAAACACGACAGUUGAAUACCAUGAUGAAGGUGAUGAUGGUGAAGAAUGUAACACUGAUGAUGCUGAAGAUAUAAGUCUAACAACAACUGUAACGUAUCAAUCGGAACCUGUGACGUUGAAUAUGGAGAAGGUGAACAAACAAGUGCCGAGGCAGCUUCGACUCAGUGGUGGUGCCAGCUGCGAAUCUCUCUCAGUGUUAUCACUCAUGAGUAGUAGCAGUAACACGGCAGUGUCCAUUGAAUUACGUCCCAGAAACGAGGGCAACCACACCGACGUUCUUCGUCUGCAGUGCAAGAGUUUACCGAGAUUGACGAAUCAUUGCGACUGCUCAGAGAAGGACUUUAUAUUACCAGUUGCCACCACGUCCACGCCUCAAAUAUUGGAAAUGAGUACUUGUCCUUUUAAAAACUAUCAGCUUAAAGCUAAGAAUGAACCGAUUAAGAAGGCCACUUUAUGGGGCGGCGGACAAUAUUGUGUGGAUCCAAAUUAUCAAGGUAAUGUUACUGGUAAUCCGAUACCUAGCUUGCAGACUCCGCCACCAGGAACAGCUGCAAACUUUGGUCCGGGAACAACAAAAUAUUCUAGUUUGGCUCCCAAAAUGAAAAAGAGGAAAUAUCAAUCAGAUGUGCUCGAAGAUAUUCAGUCCGAAUUAAACGAAUGGGAACCUCCAUGCGCAAGAGACGAUGACCAAUGGGCAACACCUCCACAGUACCGUCAGCAAUACAUGGAGCGCACGCCACCCAUUUUCAGUAGGAAUCCACGUGUAGCCCAGUUGGGCUCCCAAUUGAAAUACGAAGCCAAAGAUUUUGGUGUCGAUCAAUUUCAGCAGUGGACAGAUGCUGAUCAAUAUUUGAAAUACGCCCCUAGAGAGAUGGAAGACGUGGAUGAUGUGGUACCUCGAGAAAAAAGAGAAAAAGUACAACGGACAUGUGAGGCCAUGUACAUAGAAGAAGGUCAAGAAAAGCAACAGCCAUCGGGCUUCCAACUGCCACCACACCUUCGAAAACGAUUAGAGCAAACCAAGUCUUUCAAAUAUUCAAAGCCAAGAGGCGAACGAGGACAAUCUGCUGCUGCUCCUCCUGUACAACUUCCACAAAUCGAAGAAGGACCUCCGGAAUAUACAUGUGCUCCUAUGUACCAAGAUGAUUACACAGAAAAGUUAAAAAAGCGUGCCAUGCGUGACGCUAAAAAGCGCGAGAAAAAGGAAAAAGAACUUCAAAAGCAAAGAGAAGCUGAACAGAAGGCCCAAGAGGAGGAACUCCGCAAACAGCAAAAGGCUUCGCAAAGAGAAGAAUUUGCGAUGCGGGCUGCCGCGAGGAAGGCAGCCGCUAUGGGGGAGGUUGCGGCCGAUGAUGCAGUGCAAGCUGCUCAGUUGGCCGUUGAUCAAGCUCGAGCCGCAACAGAAGCUGCGGCGGACGCAGCAGCAGCAGAAGAGGAAGUGAAAAAAAAGGGGAAGAAAAAAGGUGGAGCAGCUGCAAAAAAGGGAGGUUGUCCUCGUAAAACUGCAGCGGAUAAGGGACAGGCUGCAGCGGAAAAUGCAAUGCAAGCUGCUCAGUUGGCCGUUGAACAAGCUCGAGCCGCAACAGAAGCUGCGGCAGAAGCAGCAGCAGCAGAAGAGGAAGAGAAAACAAUGCAGGCCGCUUCGCGUACUAACAUAAGCAGUGGGAUAUCGGGGAUAUCCCAAAAGAAAGCAACUCCUGCGAGAUCAAGACUUCCGUGCCGAAAAAAAAUGACAGCAGCAGAAGCCAAUCAAGAAACACUAAAUGAGCUCGAUAGGCUUGAUGAGGAAGCUAGCCGAUUAGCUAUGCUUAGAGCCAUGGAAGAAGAAGAUCGAGAAAUAGCUGCCUUUGUGGAGAGCGCACGAGCCUCAGGUUUGAUUGGUCCAGAAACACUAAAUAUGCCUCCUCAACCAGAAGAUGAAGAUAUAUAUGGUAUGGCGCAAGAUCAGAGUAUUAUGCAACCAGUUGAUGAUGUGUGUGAAUUAGAAGAGGCAGGAAAUGUUAGUGCCAUGCCUGUAGCUGUACAACAAGAUCCAUUGCAGAUGGAUGCUUAUGGCAACUUGGAUGGAAUGGGUGAUGUAUGUGAUUUAGAUCAACCUGCCGACGAUGUAGGUGCCAUGGCACCAGAUCCAUUUCAAAUGGAUGCUUAUGGAAACUUGGAUAACGUGGCGCCCGAUCUGAUUGGUGAAGAUGUAUGUGAUUUAGACGCACCUGCCGAUGUAUACACUCAAGAUCCUGGCGCCGGGCAGUUAGAUUAUGACCCUUUUGCUGAUGACGAAGGCCCCAUGGGAAAAAUUCCUGUUUCCAUGCAACAAACAGCACCCAUAUACGAGUUGCCUAAUGAAGACAUUCUACCUGACACAGGUGCUUUGCCUGACGAAUAUGGUCUAGCAACAAUAGCAGAAGACGCUUCAUGUCCCAUGGAGUUUUCACAGCCAGCACAAGUUAACCAAGAGGCACUGGAUGAAAUAGACAAACUAGAAAAAGAGGCUGACAGACUAACUUACGAAGCUAUGCUUAAGGCCAUGGAAGAAGAAGAUCGUGAGAUAGCUGCUUUUGUCGCUCAAGCACAAGCUGCCGGUGUCGUCAGGGGAAAACCAGGCAAAGGACUUCCCAAACCUUAUUUCGGCCGCAGACGUGAUCGAACUCCUACCUGUAAACGACCAGGUCCACCAGUCGCGAAGCGUCCCGGUCCACCGUCAGCAACAAAAGCUCCAAGUGCCAGGCGUCCCCCGGUUACUGCAACACCACAACGACCGAGACGUCCUGCUGUACCACCCACUACUGUGAAAAAGCCACCGUCCUUUAGACCUCCCCCUAGUGCAGUAGCACAACGAGGAGCUACACCGCAAACUGUGAGAGGACGACCGCGGGUACAAGGACCGGCUGUAAGACCUGGUGGAAUAGCACAAGCAGGGGAGGUAUGUCGAUUGCCAAGACCAGGGAUGUCUCGUAUACCAUCAACGAUGGCGUCUGGUUUAACAUCAGCGGCGACGUCUCGUUUACCAAUAAUGGGAGCGUCUGGUGUGUCAAGUACUGCUCCACCUAUCAUAACAACACCAGGAUCGCCGCCAACCCAAAUGCCACCACCACAAAGUACCGCACCCUGUCCAAUAGGCAGAGGACGCGGAAAAUCUGGUUUACGUCCUCCGGGCUUCACUGGAAUUGGAAGAACUCCCACCGUAGGUCCUCCGGGCGAGAUAACCGUUUCCGCACAACCUGCUUCGUCAGAUACCGAACAAGAUCAGAACAUUGUGGUUGCUGCUACAUCAACCGCCACUACUUCACAUGUCGAUGUGGCGACAGAAGGAGCACCCGCCCAAAUCGAAGUCACCAUAUCGCCGCCAGCACCACCACCACCGCCACCUUGUCCACCACCACAACCACCGAAAACAAGAGGUAUUCCGAGGCCUGGUGGUGCUUGUGCACUAAGACAAAAACCACCGCUGGCCAUUACGGAUGCACCAUGCCGAUUACCUGCUAGAGAACCUCAACCUGCCGCCGCGGCUGGGGCAGCACCAUGUCGACUACCUACUAGAGGAAUACCUCAACCAGCCGCCACGGCUGGAGCAGCACCAUGUCAACUACCUACUAGAGGAAUACCUCAACCCUCCGCCCCGGCUGGGGCAGCACCAUGUCGACUACCUACUAGAGGAAUACCUCAACCUGCCGCCACGGCUGGAGCAGCACCAUGUCGACUACCCACUAGAGGAAUACCUCAACCGGCGGCUACGGCUGAGGCAGCGCCAUGUCGACUACCUGCUAGAGGAAUACCUCAACCUUCUGCGGGAAGCAGAAUACCUCCUCCUGGGAGCCGUAUAGGAGCUCCAACAGCAGUAAGAGGUAGAGGUAUUCCCACCUUUGGUAGAGGCGGAAUCCCUACUAGAGGCAGAGGAAUACCCGCCCUAAGAACAAGUCCACGUGCCCCGAGUCCAGUAGCCGGCCCAUCUUCGGCCCCGAGUCCAGGUCGUCCAACCUCCCCAGUAGCUGCCCCAUAUACGUCUCCAGUAGCUGGUCCAUCCAGGGCGCCGAGUCCUGGUCGACCAACCUCGCCAGUAGCUGCCCCAUACACGUCUCCAGUCGCUGGUCCAUCCCGGGCACCGAGUCCUGGUCGUCCAACCUCCCCGGCAGCUGCUCCAGUAGCUGGUCCGUCACGAGCCCCAAGUCCGGGCCCGUGUCCUGGUCCAGCUCCGUGUGCUGCUCCCGCAGCCGGCGGUGUAUGUAAACUUCCAAGAGCUGGGGGUAGAGGUAGAGGCAGAGGUAUCCCUAAACCUACAGGAGGUCCCACAGAACAAAGUAGAAUGAAACUUCCGCUUGUUGAUGGAAUGACUGUAUCACAAAGAAUUCUUAAAAAGAUUGAUGAUGAAUACAGAGAGAGAGAUGAGGAAUUUUAUGCCCAAAUGUACUUAGAUGAUGCAGCCGAAGAAAACGCUUUGUUUAAUACUUGGGUAGAAAAACCAUGGACUAGUAGGUAUUUUCCACAUUCAAUGUUACGUUUCUCACCGAGGCGUUAUGAUCCGUAUCGUUAUCACAUGACACUGUCUCCAAAAGCCAAAAAGAUAUACGAAGAAGAAUUUAAACAGAACGUUCCUAAAACGCCAGAAAAAUGGAGUUUCGAUGAAAAUCUAGCAACACCACCUGAGUUGAAAACUCCACAAAGGCUGAAAGUUCCUGAAGUGAACUAUAGACCAGAAAUUAUGACUGAGGAAGAGAUGAUAGAGAAGUUACCUCCUGGUUUUCAAUUUACACCUCAAGAAGUAUGCGAACGAGAGCCUGAGGUAUAUCCAGAAUCACCAGAGCCAUAUGAGGGAUGGUCGGAAAAUUUGACAACACCACCAGAAUUACUAUUACCACCUAGACUUUAUGAUCAAGAAAAAAUAGAGCCCAAUUUUAAUCCGAGACUUAUGACUGAAGAGGAAAUGGAGAAAAGCUUCAAGACUCCUCCUCGUCCACCAUCCGGCUUUGCGUUUAAUAUGGAGCCAAUGAGCGAGGAAGGUGAUCCUCAAAAACUUGUUGUAAAAAGUGACGCCAAGAAAGGAAAGUCAACAAUUAAUAUUUUGGCUGAAGGACCACCGUCUAAAGUCAAUAUUUCGAUCGAUAUACCUGCCAAGCCAGAUCUUCCUCCAGAUUUUAAGGAACAACUUCCCCUAUCUAUACGGGGAUCACCUGAAUCUCCUGGUUCUCCACAAGCUGGUUUUAUGAGUCAAAUGGCCAGGGAGUUUCCGUCCGAACGUCCAUCUCGCGCAAGUAUGCAACUUUUUACCGGAAAGAAAAUGCGUCCUUUGCGAGGUUCCCAAAGGCCUAAAGCUGGUAGAAUUCAAGAGAGUCCGUUGGAAAACUUCCCUGCUUAUCUUGAUGGAACAUUUGGUGCACCAAUGCAAGAUGUCUGCGAACUACCUGCACGGUCACCACAAGUACAAGCACAAGGUUCUCCACAGAGACGUCCGCCGUCACCACAAGCUGCUCCUCCUGGUGGUUUAGGAGAUAUGUCAAUUCUGCCUGAGGAUGAUGAAGUUUGUCCUAUGGGUGAUGAAAGUUGGUUGCCUUCAGCUGAUUGGCGACCUCCGGUUGCUGCUCCUACUGUACCAUUGCCAGUUGAACAAGUCUCCGGCUGGGCACCUCCAAGCAAAUAUCAGCCUCCAUCGAGCUGGACACAACCUGGCGGGCCGGACCAAUGCGCAUUUGAGGAAGAUCCACUUGGAUUAAGUGAUCAAUCUAACUGGGUUCCUUCAGCAGGCCAGCCACUCCCAGGGGAAGAAAUAUUUGACAGCAUAGAUGGUGGUGAAAUGAUAGGAGACGAAGCACCCUUGAUGGUUUCACCUGGAUAUGAUGAUCCUGAUGUUUGCCCAGCGCCUAGAAGAAUGUUACCUCGACCUUCUGGAUUAAGACCACCUCAGGCUUCUGGUUUAAGGCCACCUCAGGCUUCAGGCCUAAGACCGCCACAAGCUUCUGGUUUAAGACCUCCACAAGCUGCAGGUUUAAGACCACCACAAGCUUCAGGUUUAAGACCGCCACAAGCUUCAGGUUUAAGACCGCCACAAGCUUCAGGUUUAAGACCGCCACAAACCUCAGGUUUAAGACCGCCUCAAGCGUCAGGCUUAAUGCCGCCUCAAGCAUCAGGCUUAAUACAGCCACAAGGUCAAUGUUUAAGAGCGCCGCAAGCUGCAGGCUUAAGACCACCACAAGCUUCAGGGUUAAGGCCACCACAAGCUUCAGGUUUAAGAUCACCACAAGCUUCAGGGAUACGAUCACCACAAGCUUCUGGAUUAAGGCCACCACAAGCUUCUGGAUUAAGACCGCCACAGGCUCCAGGUUUAAGACCGCCACAGGCCUCAGGUUUAAGACCACCUCAGGCGGGUCAGCGUGGGAGAUGCCGUCGUAGAUAAAAAACAAAUAAAAGACGAUGGAAAUGGUUUGGAUGUGACAAUGAAUGGAAAAAUGAGAGUCAAACGACAGAGUACUCCAAAGAAGGAUUUCAACUUAUUGUAAUAGGUAGUCUGCUAUCAAACCAACCAAAGUGAGAGAACAAUCAACAUAUCAACAACUGCCACCAUAUGUUACUAGCAAUUAGUAUUUUUUGUAAAUAUUAUGAAUGUACCUAAAGUAAUGAUAUAAAACAGUCAUUGUGACAA